AGCCUUAUUUCCUUCAAUUGAAAUGAUUCUCGCAAUGAAGAGUUGAUAAAAAGAAUGGCAGCAUCCUGUUGUUGCAGUUGACAUAUUGAAAGUUGUGCAGCGAACGAAAUGAAAGUCUAUAUACUUUUUAUAUUUUCUUGUUUCAUACAUGCAGAAGCACUGGAAUGUGGUAUAAAAGCGUUGGUCGACAACUCUAUGAAGAGAGCCAUCACAAAUUGCCUUAGUAAAAAUAUGACCUUAAAUGAUAUUUAUGAUUUCUCAGCAAAUUCACCGAAAGAAAACGAAGCUCCCUUGAAAAAUAAAGAAGAUGAAGGAAUCAAAAGGAAUGCAACUUCUUCAAAUGAAACCAAAAUCAGAAAAACAAGAUCCACCAGGACAACGAAGUUUGAUCGUCAAGUCUCUGAAAUAACUACCACAAACCAACCAGAAACGGAAACAGACCAAACAACAGUAGAAACUUUUUCACAGCAAGAAAAUUGUAUUCUGCAAUGCAUUCUAUCCAGAAUGAACUUGACAAACCAGAAAGGCUUACCUGAUCAAGAAAAAAUCACGAAUCUGCUCACAAAACACUCUAGAGGAAGGGAAUUGAUGGACUUCUUGAAGGAUACAACAGAAAACUGUUUCCGGAAGCUUAAGGAAGAUUCAUCAAAAGAUUCCUGCGAUUAUUCAGUAGAACUGAUCAGAUGCAUGGCAAACGAAGGAAAGUUCAACUGUGGAGAUUGGCCAGCUGGGGAUAUAUCCCUCUUUAACUGAAGCUUCAUAUAAAAAAUUUCCCUAAUACAGUUGUUAUUAUAUAUUCAUUCAUAAAGCCAUUCAAUAUUUCUUUAAAUUGUAUGAAAAUUGACCGUAUGUGUUUGUUAUUUAUAUGAUAUUCAUGGGAUUGUGGAAAAAUAAAAUUAUUGAAUUUGU